UUCCACUUACGCACUCAUUUCUGCUCUUAUUUUUCAAAUCAUUCUCAAGUCAGCUCAGAUAAUAUCUGGCAAGUGGAAUAGGUCUGAUGUUCCAAGCUUCCAAGACAUCUCACAAUAUCGAAACCACAACAAUCUGAUGAGCACAGUAUGGCCGGAAACGAUGUCGUUGAGGACCCGGACGUCAUAGGUCAACGCUCUCAGGCCUUUGAACGGGUGCUGCCCGACAAUUGUGUGGAGUACAUGCUCUUUGUGCUAGAGGCAGAUGCACAAGCCAAGAACAUCCUGUCGGGCCUCGAGACUGUUAGAAGAGCGGCAAUUGAACUGUCAAAAGAUCUCACCAGGGGCUAUAUCUGGCAGCGUGAUGGCUUUGGGCUCGAGAUGAAAAAUGAAGGGGGCCUGCAUUAUCUCCAUGGUAUCAGUGACUAUGGGGAUUCCAUAGAAGACGAAUGGCUGAUCGUCUACAUGCUUCGGGAGCUCACAAAACAAUUUUCGAAUCUAUGGGUGCGAGUCUCUGACAGCGACGGAGAAUUCCUAUUGGUCGAGGCUGCCAAUGUGCUGCCAAAGUGGUUGAACCCGGAAAAUGAUGCCAAUAGAGCCUGGAUACAUGGCGGCCAACUAUGGAUUAUACCUCUCCAACAGUCGGACUCUGGCGUGCCAUCGAAGAAGAUGGACCUGUCCCAGGCCUUCAGCACACUUCAGUCCGCGCCAGACUCUCUUGUUCACUCAACGUUCAUCGAAGCAGAAGCAUUCUAUCGAUUAGAGAAAUACCCCGGCCAGAUUCAGGAAUCGGUACACCAUGCUGUCGUCACCAUACCAAGACGGCUGGCAUAUGUGAUUCAUGAGCUGCCCAAGUCAAUUGCACCCGCUAUCGAGGCGUUCUAUCUCAGAGACCCUAAUUCACUGAAGCCCCUCCUGGUAGCAUCUCCCGAACGGCUCACCUUUCCGCCCAAUGAUCUUGUAGACUCGAGCGUCAAGUUCACAAAAGUCCUGUAUGCGCAACUAAAGUCUCAACAUUUCUCGGCACCUCCAGUCUGGCAAGAUCUUUUGGCCGCAUCUGAGAGGGCGAUUGUGUCAGGGGCCGAUGAGGAGGAUCAGAAGAAACACGCUCGGCUCGAGCUCGGCAUGAAGGUCACCUGCGGAUUCGAGAUGCUCGCCUUUGGUGCAGCCAAGAGCAACAAGCGGACGGUCAGAGAGCUUUUUCUCAUCCUUGAGGAUCUGAUCGAAGACGGAGACUCGGUUCUUCCCGCGGAUGCUGACCUCAACUCAUGGCAAGACGCUGGCCGUGACGAUGACGAUUCCUGGAUGGAUAUCAACUUUGAGGACUUCGAAAAAGAGCUGGAUGGAAAGGCUAGCACCUCGAGAGGCGAAGGCUUUACGGAUACUAAUGCACAAGCUGAUCUUAGGAAGGUCGUCUCACGCUUCGAGGCAUUCUUGAACGACGACAAGGCGGGAAUCGACGGUGCAGAGCUUGAUGAGAUGGAUGAAGACGACGAUGAAGAUGCCACGGACUCAGACGAGGAGAGCGGUAGCGAAGAUCGUGACGUGAGCUUCGACGAGGAAGAAUUCGCCCGCAUGAUGCGUGAGAUGAUGGGUCUGCCGGCAGGGAGUUCGCCGGCACCGAGCAAGGCAAAGGGGAAAAUGCCAGCCUCAACAUCAACAAACGACCUAGAAGAGGACAGUGAAGACGAGGAGAUCAGGAAGUUGUCGGAACAGAUGGCGGCAGAACUGAACGAUCACGGAGCUUUAGACUUGGAUCCGACGCCCAAGAAACUCAAGGCUCUCAAGGACAAGGGCAAGGGCAAAGAGAAGGCUGCAACGACAACCACGGAGGAGAUUGCUGAUGCCCAAGAUAUCGAUGAUGACGAAAGUGGAGACGAGGAAGUGGACAUCGACUAUAACCUCGCUAAGAAUCUGCUCGAAAGCUUCAAAGGCCAAGCAGGCCUGGUCGGCCCGGUUGGUACGAUGCUGGCGGAUAUGGGAAUUCGUCUACCGCGGGAUGAAGACGACGAUGAAAAUGAAUAA